GGGAACAUUCUGCAGUAUAAAGGGAGCGGGGAAGGCGGGAGACAGCGCAGUUUGAAUCGCGGUGCGAGGAGGGAGUAGGUGUUGUGAAUCUCGCCGUCUCACUGACUUAGCCUCUUCUCUCCCUUGCUUGUGUGAGCUUCAGCGCACUUGGAGAUGGCUGGUGGCAAAGCUGGAAAGGACUCCGGAAAGGCCAAGACAAAGGCGGUUUCCCGCUCGCAGCGAGCCGGCUUGCAGUUCCCUGUGGGCCGUAUCCAUCGACACCUGAAAUCUAGGACAACCAGCCAUGGACGUGUGGGCGCGACUGCCGCUGUGUACAGCGCUGCCAUCCUGGAGUACCUCACCGCAGAGGUACUUGAAUUGGCAGGAAAUGCCUCAAAAGACUUGAAGGUAAAACGUAUCACCCCACGUCACUUGCAACUUGCUAUUCGUGGAGAUGAAGAAUUGGACUCUCUGAUCAAGGCUACAAUUGCUGGUGGUGGUGUCAUUCCACACAUCCACAAAUCUCUCAUUGGGAAGAAAGGACAACAGAAGACUGUCUAAAGGAUGCCUGGAUUCCUCAUUAUCUCAGGACUCUAAAUACUAUUAACAGCUGUCCAGUGUUGGUGAUUCCAGUGGACUGUAUCUCUGUGAAAAACACAAUUUUGCCUUUUUGUAAUUCUAUUUGAGCAAGUUGGAAGCUUAAUUAGCUUUUCAACCAACCAAAUUUCUGCAUUCGAGUCUUAACCAUAUUUAAGUGUUACUGUGGCUUCAAAGAAGCUAUUGAUUCUGAAGUAGUGGGUUUUGAUUGAGUUGACUGUUUUUAAAAAACUGUUUGGAUUUUAAUUGUGAUGCAGAAGUUAUAGUAACAAACAUUUGGUUUUGUACAGACAUUAUUUCCACUCUGGUGGAUAAGCUCAAUAAAGGUCAUAUCCCAAACGA